CCGGCGGCGGCCCAGCCUCUUCUUUCCUCGCACAGCCGGGCGGCCCCUGCUCGAGGCCCCUGCGCGUCGCCAUGGCCGCGGUUCCCGAGUUGCUGGAGCAGCAGGAGGAGGAGGAGGACCGCAGCAAGUUGCGAUCUGUGUCUGUGGACCUGAAUGUUGACCCGUCACUUCAGAUUGACAUACCUGAUGCACUUAGUGAGAGAGAUAAGGUCAAGUUUACAGUGCACACCAAGACCACACUGCCCUCGUUUCAGAGUCCAGAGUUUUCUGUUACAAGGCAACAUGAAGACUUUGUGUGGCUACAUGACACUCUUACUGAAACAACAGACUAUGCUGGGCUUAUUAUCCCUCCUGCCCCUACAAAGCCAGACUUUGAUGGCCCCCGAGAGAAGAUGCAGAAACUGGGAGAAGGGGAAGGAUCUAUGACAAAAGAAGAAUUUGCCAAGAUGAAGCAAGAACUGGAAGCUGAGUAUCUCGCUGUAUUUAAGAAGACAGUGUCCUCACAUGAAGUCUUUCUUCAGCGGCUUUCUUCUCACCCUGUUCUCAGUAAAGACCGCAACUUCCAUGUUUUCCUGGAGUAUGAUCAGGAUCUAAGCGUUAGGCGGAAAAAUACCAAAGAGAUGUUUGGUGGCUUUUUCAAAAGUGUGGUGAAGAGUGCUGAUGAAGUCCUAUUUUCUGGAGUUAAGGAGGUGGAUGACUUCUUUGAGCAAGAAAAGAACUUCCUUAUUAACUAUUACAAUAGGAUCAAGGAUUCCUGUGCUAAAGCUGACAAAAUGACCAGAUCUCACAAAAGUGUUGCUGAUGACUAUAUCCACACUGCAGCCUGCUUGCACAGCCUGGCCUUAGAAGAACCCGCAGUCAUCAAAAAGUACCUGUUGAAGGUUGCAGAGCUAUUUGAAAAACUUAGGAAAGUGGAAGGUCGAGUCUCAUCUGAUGAAGACUUAAAACUGACAGAGCUCCUUCGGUACUACAUGCUCAACAUAGAGGCUGCAAAGGAUCUCCUAUACAGACGCACAAAAGCCCUAAUUGACUAUGAAAAUUCAAACAAAGCUUUGGACAAGGCCCGGUUAAAAAGCAAAGAUGUCAAGUUGGCUGAGACUCACCAGCAGGAAUGCUGCCAGAAGUUUGAACAGCUUUCUGAAUCUGCCAAAGAAGAACUGGUAAACUUCAAACGGAAGAGAGUGGCAGCGUUUAGAAAGAACCUAAUUGAAAUGUCUGAACUGGAAAUAAAGCAUGCCAGAAAUAAUGUCUCCCUCUUGCAGAGCUGCAUUGACUUAUUCAAGAACAACUAAACUGUCUUUACUCUGAAGGACACCAGUGUGAAAGCCAGCAUCACUUGCACUUCAAUCAUUACUGCAAAUGACAUAGCUUUGACUAGUUUAAAAUCAUGUGAAUAAAUAUUUUGAUUUCUAAAAAUCUUAACACUUAACCAUGUUGGUUUAAAAAUAUUUUCACUGCAUGUUACUUGGACAUAACCAAUCCUUUUCUUAUGCAUUUAAUACCUCAGAGUAGGUAGACUAAAUAAAGGGUUCUCCUAUAGAUGGUCAGGGAUACUAAUAAAUGGUAUGGAGAUGUGUGCCUUCUGGAAAUAGCCUGGCCUACAUCUGUCUCAACAUUUCCUGUGCUUGUGCCCCUUAGAUGUGUGCCAAUUCCAGCAAAUGGUAACUGCUUGUGGGCAAGUGGUAGACACCCUUUGCAGCUCCAUUUUUGUAUCUGGGAUAAAAAUACUUGAGGAAAAAGAGACUCUAGGGUUCUGAUACUGCCUGAUGGUGGGGCAUGUGUGUACGCUUUGGAUGUUUUUAUAAAGUAUAUAAUAAAAUAAUUCAUGCUA